UUUUGUGUAGCAAACGUAGUAGACAGUACACAGAGAGAUGAGAAGAUAAAGAGUACACACAGUCACACAGUACUCACAUUACACUCUAUUGUUUGUUCCUUCUUCUCCCAUUAGUCCUUUUCCUUAAAACAGAUCUUUCUCCAUCAACAAAUCACUACCAGUUUCUUGUUUUUGUUCCUUCUUCCCCCUCAAACCUCGAACUCCUUUUCAUUCUUUGAAAUAACAUAACUAAUCUCUCUGCAAAAUAUGGAUCUUUAACUUAAUUCCAAGAUCCCCCCUUACUGAUCAAGAAAAUGCACACACCAUUCCCCAUUCUUGUUAUCUCAUAAUAUGUCUGCAAAAAUUGGUUCUUUAACUCUGUUUAUCACCAUUCUUCUUCCAUUGUAACACAUCCAAGAUUACCCCUUUCUUCCCCUCAAGAGAUGCCCACCAGUCACACACUCAAAAGUCCUGCAAAUAUGCAUGGUUAACUCUUCCAAGAUUACACCUUUACUCAAGAAAUGCCUCCAGAGAAUCCAUUUUCACCUCCCCUAACACCCCUUCCUGUUUUUCCCACUACCUACCUCAUAAGCCCACCCCCACCACCCUCCUCCAACCAUCACCAUUCUCAUUCUCCUCUCAUCCCACCAUUCAUAGCUGCUGCUUUUGCCUUGACUUUCUUCAUUGUUGCUGCUAUCAUUUACCGCAAAGUGUCACGCAACAGGACUGUUCCUGCAGAUCUGAAGUCACCUCCACCACCUCAUAAGUUUACCUACUCUGUCGUCCGCCGUGCUACCGGGUCAUUUACAGCUGCUAAUCGUCUUGGACAAGGUGGAUUUGGGUCUGUUUACAAAGGUGUUCUUCCAUCUGGACAGGAGGUAGCUGUGAAGCUCAUGGAUGCUUCUGGCUCCCUCCAGGGCGAGAGAGAGUUUCACAAUGAACUCACUCUCGCCUCGAGGAUAGACACUACGUCUUGCAACUACGUAGUGCCUAUCCUCGGAUUCUCCUCCGAUGAACAUAGUUAUAAACACCACUGUUCUAGUCGGAGGAGAAGAUUAGUUCUUGUUUAUGAGUAUAUGCAUAAUGGGAGUCUGCAAGAUGCUUUGUUAGAUCGAAAGUGUCCUGAGUUAAUGCAAUGGAGAAAGAGAUUUGAUAUUAUAAGUUCCAUUGCAAAGGGUGUUGAGUAUCUUCAUUACUCGUGUGAUCCUCCUAUAGUACAUGGAGAUAUCAAGCCCUCUAAUAUAUUGUUGGAUUACCAUUUUGAUGCAAAAAUAGCUGACUUUGGCCUAGCACAGUCUUUGAUUAAAGAUGAUCAAGUUGUUGAGUCUUUCAUUGAAGACGAGGAGAGAGUUGAAAAGGGGGCAAAAAGAGAAGUUUUUGAGAAUGUGGAGGAAAAUGGGUCGAUUGUUGAAGGAAAUGAGAGUGUGGUCACAGAUGACGUUGUGAUCAAUGUGGAUCAGUUGCCGGAGAGUUGUUGUGUGAGGGUGUUGGAUGGGGAAGUGGGAGGGGUGUCACCUGAGGUGGGAGUUCCAUCAGAGGGGAUCGAAAAGACUAGUGUUUCUGAGGGUUUUUUCGACGGGGUUAGUGUGGAUAGUGGUGUUUUGAAAGGGAUUGGGAGGGCAACUAGUCAAUCAGGUAGAGAUUGGUGGUGGAAACAGGACAAUGUGAAUGGUGGAUCAGAUUCUGGUAGGAUUAAGGACUAUGUGAUGGAAUGGAUUGGUAGUGAGAUCAGAAAAGAGAGGCCUAAGAAGGAUUGGAUUGCGACCACGAGUGCAGCAGAGGACAUUACAAAAGGAGGGCAACAGAAGCAAAGAAAGAAGCUUGAAUGGUGGGCAUCUUUGGAUGAGGAGAGAAUGAGGAGAGAAAAGAAGAUUCGGAAGCCAAGAGAAUGGUGGAAGGAAGAGUUCUGUGAGGAGUUAGCCAAGAAAAAGAAGAAAAGGGAUCUCAAAAGUGGAGAAAUGUGGUGGCAAAGGGACGAAGAGGUAGCGCCUGAAAGAAAGAGGAGGAAAAGCAAGGGAAGUAGGAGCAGCAUUGAUUGGUGGCUUGAUAGUUUCAGUGGCGAGUUUCGGAUUGGAAGACGAAGUAGUCAAGAUUUUGCCAGUGGAGAUAUUCCCAAGAGUGGAGGUGUGAGUAGUACCCCCAGUAUGAGAGGAACAGUUUGUUACAUCGCUCCAGAGUAUGGCGGUGGAGGGCAGCUCUCAGAGAAAUGCGACGUGUACAGUUUUGGCGUUUUGUUAUUGGUUUUAGUCUCAGGGAGAAGGCCACUCCAAGUUACAGCUUCUCCUAUGUCAGAAUUCGAGAGGGCUAAUCUGGUUUCAUGGGCUAGGCAGCUUGCUCAUUCGGGCAAGCUUUUGGAUCUUGUUGAUUCCAAUAUUCAGUUACUGGAUAGAGAACAAGCAUUGCUUUGCAUCACUAUUGCACUACUCUGUUUACAGAGAUCACCUAACAAGCGCCCAACAAUGAAAGAGAUUGUUGGGAUGCUUUGUGGUAACUCUGAGCCACCCCACUUGCCGUUUGAGUUUUCCCCUUCACCGCCCUCCAAUUUCCCUUUCAAGUCACGGAAAAAGGCCCGGUGAGUUCACGAGUGCUCGAUUUACCAUUUCACUGUUCAAUGUAAACUUCAUGUAUUAUUGUGUAGAAAUUGUUAGAAGAAAAGCAAAAUGUCAUAAUUUUCUUAUCAGCUUUUUCUUUUGCAUAA